AAUGGCAAAAAAACAUGAACUCAACCUUUUUUUUUAUAAUCGUAAAGUUCCAAUUACAUCCCCUAUAAGUUCGGAGAAACCAGAUGAAUGUUUCUUCCCAAACGGAGACGCGAACCUGGAUUGAAAAAGAAUUUUGCCCCAUCGCUUACGAAUUGAGCCACCUAAUCUUGGAUCUCAACCUCUUCUUCUAUUUAACCCAUCUAACAACAUCCCUAAGCCCACCACUUCUCUCUUCUUCGCCAAGCGAUCAACAUAAAAAAAAAAGAGCCAAAACCAUGAUGAACAUGUUCCAAGACUGGCCUGAACCAGUGGUCCGAGUCCAGUCCUUGUCCGAAAGCAACCUCGAAACCAUACCCGGCAGAUACAUCAAGCCUCCGUCCCUCCGGCCGACCAUAAUCUCCGAUCACCUCCACACCAUCCCCGUCAUCGACCUGUCGUCCGUAUACACAGAUGACAUAACCCUACGCGAAGAAACGCUUGCCGAAAUAUCGAGGGCCUGCAGAGAAUGGGGAUUUUUCCAAGUGGUGAACCACGGGGUGAGCCCUCGUCUCAUGGAACGGGCCAAGGAGGCAUGGAGAGAGUUCUUUCAUCUUCCCAUGGAGAUCAAACAAGUCCAUGCUAACUCUCCCGUGACUUAUGAAGGGUACGGAAGCCGAUUAGGCGUCGAAAAGGAUGCUCCUCUCGAUUGGUGUGAUUACUAUUUUCUUCACUAUCUUCCUUCCUCUUUGAAGGAUUACACCAAGUGGCCUUCUUCCCCUCCUAAUUGCCGGGAAAUAAUCGAGGAUUAUUGCAAGGAACAGGUGGAAUUAUGCGAGAAGUUGAUGAAGAUAUUAUCGAUAAACCUCGGAUUGAACGAAGACAGACUUCAAAACGCGUUUGGCGGUACGCGUAAUGCAGGAGCGUGCAUGAGGGUUAAUUAUUACCCAAAAUGCCCUCAACCGGAGCUCACCCUCGGCCUCUCUCCGCACUCUGAUCCCGGCGGCUUGACCGUUCUCUUGCCUGACGACCAUGUCCCCGGCCUUCAGGUCCGGCGGUCGGACCAUUGGGUCAUCAUCAAGCCCGAUCCUCACGCUCUUAUUGUCAACAUCGGCGACCAAAUUCAGGUAUUGAGCAACGCGAUAUAUAAGAGCGUGGAGCAUCGGGUGGUAGUGAGUUCGGCCCGGGAAAGAGGGUCCUUAGCUUUCUUCUACAACCCAAAGGGCGACAUUCCGAUGGAGCCGCUCCGGGAACUCUUGACGGAGAAUUCGCCGGCGUUUUACUCUCCGAUGACGUUUGAUCAGUACCGUUUGUUCAUCCGCACGCGGGGUCCGCAGAGCAAAUCCCAUGUCGACCUCCUCAGAUCUCCUCGCUGAUAUGUGCAUGCAUGCAUGUAUAUAUGUAUGUAUGAAUUCACGUACAUUAUGUAUGUAUGCAUGUAUGUAUGUAUGUAUG